AUGUAUGUUAAUUUAAACAGAAAUAUAAAAAAAAUAUGGAAUGUGAAGAACAUUUUUUUGAAAAAAGAAAAUAUUUUAGAAAAAAAAUUACUAUAUUCUGUAUAUCCCGAUAACUCAUUAAAUACUAAGAGUUACUCACUCAAUAAUUGUUUUUAUUUUUUGAAUGAAUCUUUUAUAAAUUUUUCUUAUAAAAAGGAUGAUAAAAAUGUAUACGAAAUGAGAAGGGAUAGAGGAGGGACAGUAAGGAAGAAGUUAAAUAGAGAAAAAAAGAAAACACAAAAAAAACAAAAAAAAGAUAGCAUAGAUAUUCAUAAAUAA